CGGCGGGGAAGGGAGGAGUCUCUGCGCCGGGCGACGCGAGGGGCGGCAGCGGCCUGAGAAGAUAGAAGACCCCCCCCCUUCAAUUCCUCGCCUCGAAAUACCUCGGCCUUUGAGCACCCAGCAGCGGGGGGAGAGCUGGGCCUCCGCCCUUAUUUUCGUCCACUUUAGGCUCCAUUGGCUUGACUCCCUUUUUUUGGGUUGGGGGGCGUCUGGAAGCCCCCCUAGACUAGCGAGGAGGUGGGGGCCAGGAUGUAAGAGGCCUAUAAGGAGGGACCCCUAAGGGGGGCUUGAACCCCCUCCCCCAACCCCCCUUCACAGACACUAUAUCGAUCUGUGUCUCCCCCCCUUUUUUUAAAGAAAGAUCUAAAUGUUUCCCUCUUAAACCCCCCCCUUAAAAAGAUUUUUAAUUCUCCAUCCAUUGGCCUUUCCCCCAGUCACCGUUAUCCCCAUUCAGGGAUAUUUACAUCCCUCCCUCCCUCCCUCCCUCCCCCACCUUUUUAAACAGGUACCUUAAUUUCUCCCCCCCCCCUAUUUAAAGGGGGGGUCUUCGCUAUCCAUCUCUGGAGAAAUCGCAUUUCCCCCCCCACCCCAUUCUCAUUUAGGGAGGUAAUCAUUCCCCCCUUUCUUUUAAAGAAGUCUUUUAUUCCUGAGAAAUAACCCUGUUAGUGUGGGUGUAUCACCCCCCCCUCCUCAAUUUAAAGGUAUUUUGACAUUUUGCUUCCCCAAUUCCCUGGCUUUGGUUGCUUUCCUCCUCUCUCUCUCUCUCUCUCCCCCCCCCCCCAAUAACGGGAUUUUAUUUCCUCCUUCCCCACCUCGGAUCAGCCGCCCCAUCCUAAAAAAAACAAACCCCCCUUUCCCUGGAGUUUUUAACCCCUCCUCAUAAAGGUGCUAAACUCCCCCUCCCAUAUAUAUAUAUAUGCCAGAGAGCCUUAAAACUCCUGUGUGCCACCUUUGCUCAGUGGCUUGCUGGAUCGCAAGCCCUUUUUGCCUUUAUUAAGAUUAUAUAUAUAUAUUAUAAAAUAAAACACCGCAAGGGGUCCCUGAAUGCCUCCUAUCCCUUGAUCCUGCUUCUUUUGCCCCCCUUCAAAAGGAGGUUUCUCCAACACCCCCCUUUUCUCCCUCGUUCCCCCAUGCCAGAAAACGCCCGUCGCCUUUGGAAAGCCGGAGCACCCAGCCAGUACCCCCCUACCCCCUUUGCCUGGGGGGCCGCGGCCUGUGCCUCCCCCCACGACAUGCCAGCAGCGCCCCCCUGCUUCGGGGGCGGCCGGAGUCACCCUGAUCUGCCCCCUGCUUCCCAUCCACCUUGCUGAUGUGAGCUUGGCGUAGCCCCCUCCUGUCCCCCCAAUUCCUUUCCCCUUCUUAUCCUCCCCCCCAAAAAACCCCACCCCCCGUGGGGCUUCAUGCCCCCCUGAAGAUCAUGGAGGUGGUGGGAGAUUUUGAAUACAGCAAGAAGGACCUCAUAGGACACGGAGCAUUUGCUGUGGUCUUUAAAGGUCGCCACCGCAAGAAAACUGACUGGGAAGUAGCCAUUAAAAGCAUCAACAAGAAGAACUUGUCGAAGUCUCAACUUCUGCUUGGGAAAGAGAUAAAAAUUUUGAAGGAGCUCCAGCACGAGAACAUAGUCGCCCUCUACGAUGUCCAGGAGAUGCCCAACUCUGUCUUUCUGGUAAUGGAGUAUUGCAAUGGCGGGGACCUGGCAGAUUACUUACAAGCCAAAGGCACUCUCAGCGAAGACACCAUCCGGGUGUUCCUGCAGCAGAUCGCGGCGGCCAUGCGCAUCCUACACAGCAAAGGCAUCAUCCACCGGGACCUCAAGCCCCAAAACAUCCUACUCUCCUACGCCAGCCGCCGGAAGUCGAGCGUCAGCGCCGUGCGCAUCAAGAUAGCCGACUUCGGAUUUGCUCGGUACCUCCAAAGCAACAUGAUGGCGGCCACCCUUUGCGGAUCCCCUAUGUAUAUGGCUCCUGAAGUGAUCAUGUCCCAGCACUAUGACGCGAAAGCCGACCUGUGGAGCAUAGGGACGGUGAUUUACCAGUGUCUAGUGGGAAAGCCGCCUUUUCAGGCGAAUAGUCCUCAAGACUUGCGGAUGUUUUAUGAAAAGAACAGGAAUCUAAUCCCUAGUGUCCCCAGGGAAACCUCCGCUUACUUGGCUGACCUGCUUUUGGGCUUGCUUCAGAGAAACCAGAAAGACAGAAUGGAUUUUGAAGCCUUCUUCAACCACCCGUUCCUCGACCAGCUCUCGACCGUCAAAAAGUCUUGUCCUGUGCCCGUGCCGACUUACGCGGGUUCCGUUUCCGGCAGCUCCUGUGGCAGUUCUCCCUCGUGCCGGUUUACGUGUCCCUCCUCCCUCCCAGACAUGCCGCACAUCCAGGAGGACAACCUGUCUUCGCCUCCCCUGGGGCCUCCGAAUUACCUCCAGGUGUCCAAAGAUUCCGCCAGCACCAGUAGCAAGAACUCCUCUUGCGACACGGAUGACUUCGUCCUGGUUCCGCACAGCAUCUCUUCCGACCAGUCGUACGACAUGCCUCUGGCGCCGGUGGGCCGGCGUGCCUCGAGCGAGUUCCUGAUAUGCGGAGGGCCGUGCCAGCCCUCGGUCUCCCCCCGCAGUGAAACGGCGCCCAUCCCGGUCCCGACCCAGCUCCGUAAUUACCAACGGAUCGAGCAGAACCUGACCUCGGCCGCCAGCCCUGGAUCGAACCCCCACGGGUCGCCAAGAUCUGCCGUGGUGAGGCGGUCGAACACCAGCCCCAUGGGCUUCCUGAAGACGGGCUCCUGUUCCCCGGUGCCGUCGGAAGCCGCCCAAGCCGUCGGACGCCGGCUCUCCACGGGCUCUUCUAGGCCGUAUUCUCCUUCGCCACUAGUUGGCACCAUCCCUGAGCAGCUGGGGCACUGCUGUUGCGGACAGCCCCAAGGGCACGAAGCCAGGAGCCGAAACUCCUCAGGCUCGCCGGUCCCGGCGUCUCACUCCCCGCAGUCCCUGCUGAUGGCCGGCGCCCGGCUCCAGAGCGCCACGACCCUGACCGACAUCUACCAGACCAAGCAGAAACUCCGCAAGCAGCAUUCGGACCCCGUCUGCCCGUCCUACGCCGCCUACGGCCACUCCCCGCAGCCCGCCCGGCCCGUCAGCCUGGGGGCGUCGCCCACCAAGCACCCGGGGACGUCGCCCCGCAGCUCCGACUGGCUCUUCAAAAGCCCCCUGCCCACCAUCAUCGGCUCUCCCACCAAGGCGACGGCUCCUUUCAAGAUCCCGAAGACCCAAGCCUCCUCGAACUUGGUGGGCCUGGUGAGCCGCCAGGGGCCGGCCGACGUCCCCUCGCAGCCGUCGAAGGACGUGGGCGAAGCACGAGCGUUCCCUCACUUCCACUCGGCUCAGGGGAGCGAGAGGCAGGCGGAGCAGCAGCAGCAGCACGGGAAAACCGUCUUUGGCAGGUCCGUCAGUACCGGCAAGUUGUCGGAUCAGCAGGCGAGGGCCGCUCUCGGCGGCCAGCUCUACCAGGGCAGCACAGACAGCCUUAAUACGGAGCGGCCGAUGGAUACCGCUCCAGCAGGCGCCUGUGGCGUUGCGGCGGUGCCGCUUCCCGUGGGUGCGGGUUCGAGGGCCGUGAUGUUUACCGUCGGCUCCCCUCCGAAUAGUGCCACCCCUCCAACCUGCACCCACAUGAUCCUCCGAGCCCGGACGACGUCAGUCGGCUCCAGCAGUUCCGGAGGGUCUCUCUGCUCGACCAGCGGCCGCGUCGUCAUGGGUUCCCCGCCGGGGAUUUACAUGGGCUCCUCUCCUCCCGGCGCCGAGAUGGCUCCGUGCCUGAAGUUCAUGCCUUACGGCGUUUCGCCUCCCAGCCUAGAGGGGUUCAUCACCUUCGAAGCCCCCGAACUGCCGGAAGAAACUUUGAUGGAGAGAGAGCACACGGACACGCUCCGCCACCUGAACCUGAUGCUGGCCUUCACGGAGUGCGUGCUAGACCUGACCGCCAUCCGGAGCGGCAACCCGGAGCUGUGCAACUCGGCCGUGUCGCUCUACCAGAUCCAGGAGAGCGUCGUGGUGGAUGAGAUCAGCCAGCUGAGCAAGGACUGGGGGCAAGUGGAGCAGCUGGUCUUGUACAUGAAAGCGGCCCAGCUCCUGGCCUCCUCCCUGCACCUGGCCAAAGCACAGAUCAAGUCGGCCAAACUCAACCUCUCCACCGCUGUCAAGCAAGUUGUCAAAAACCUGAACGAGCGGUACAAAUUCUGCAUCGCCAUGUGCAAGAAACUGACGGAAAAGCUCAACCGGUUCUUCUCGGACAAGCAGAGGUUCGUGGACGAAAUCAACAGCGUCACGGCCGAGAAGCUCAUUUACAGCUGCGCUGUGGAAAUGGUGCAGGCUGCUGCCCUAGACGAGAUGUUUCAGCAGACGGAAGACAUUGCGUACCGGUAUCACAAGGCAGCGCUGCUGCUGGAAGGCCUGGCGAAGGUCUUGCAGGAUCCGGCUGACAUCGAGAACAUCAACAAGUAUAAAGCGAGUAUCGAACGCAGGCUCUCGGCCCUGUGCUGCACUGCUGUGGCCGUUUAUGACUAGGAGCCGGUUUGCCCGGGACCACUCGACAGACGUUCUGCCGUAGCCAAAAUCGCCGGCCGCUCUUUCCCCUGUCCCAAGGAGGGGCGGCUUUGAAUUCUCCGUGGUUGUUCUACCAAAGAAAAAACAGAACGCGGUCAUUUCGCAAGAGGGGAAGGAAUCCCAAACGCGUUUGGAGGUCACCUGCCUUACGGCUAAUCCCGCCUCGCCGCCCCUUUGCCGAGCCGCCAGAUUUAAAAGAUCCGCCCUGGGGUGCGUCGAAACGACUCCUUGUUUUCUUACAAGAAGAUGCCACAAAGAAACAAGGCUUUCUUCUUUAGCCAGAACGACAGGCUUCCCCGUCGCGGGCGGGAGGAAAAAAAAAGUUUCUCUUUUGGAACGAGACGGUGGAAUGAAGACAAAACCGUGCAUUUUGUGACGCUUGGGGGUGCUGUUAGAUUUGGGCCUGAGUUUGGAUCUUGUAAACACUGCACCUUUUUUUUUUUUUAAAAAAAAAAGGCUAAGGAAAAUGAUGGACCUUUUACUUUAUUUUUUGAAGUGGGCAACCUCUAUCCAGAAUCCCUGAUGAUCGUGGAUACUACAACACAAGCUUGGACGUUUUUUCUCCUUCCGAAUCCCUCCCCCUCCCCCCAACACUAUAUUGCACUAAUUUACUAACGUAACUGUGUACUUGUUUUUUGAAGGAAAAACACACACCCGUUAAUUAAAAAAAAAAAACCAGAAAAGGCACAACAAGGAACUCUGAGCAAGAAACCAUUUCAGUUCACUGUAUACGUUUUAGGAAGGGGGGGGGGAAACCGUCAACAACACCAUCACCCAGAAAACCAAACUUUUCCAAAAUUUCAAAUAUAGCUUCUUAGGGAGACGUUCAGACGAAACGUGUACAGACCCAUCUUCAUGUGGACGUUCCUAUUUGAUACCUACCUUUUUGUCUAAUACUUGAGUGACUCCGUUACUCUCUGGACUCUUUCGGUAACGUUAAGAAGUUGGUAGUGGCUUGGAUAUUCUCUCUCUCUCUCUCUCUCUCUCUCCCUUUCUCCAUAUAAAGGUUUGGUUGCUUAGUUCCGUCGUAGCAUGUGUGAAAAUGUGCAUUAUUGCCUGCUUUGGAUGUGUUAUCAGUUCCCCCCACCAUGCCGCUGUAUCCUGGGGUCCCCCCCCCCCGCUCCGGACUGUCCUAGAACACACUAUGGCAGUUUUGAUCCGUUCUUUCGUGGAUCCGUGUUAAGGCUCUGAAAGAGACACGGAAUUAAGCAUCUGUAUAGCAUGGACUUUUCCUAAGACAGCAAAAAGCAUCAAGGAAUCAGGGUGUUUAAGGAUGUUCAAUAUCCUUCGCCGUCUCCAUCCUCCGUCCGUUCGAACUUCAAGGUGGUUUUUCAACCCGUGACAUAUCCAGACAACUUAUCUCUGCAAACGGUUCCUCUUAAUUUUGAGAGGUUUCCCCCUCUCUUUUUUUUUAAGCGUCAUCACUCCGCUGCUUGGAACACUUGAAAAACACAACAGAACAAAAUCAUUUCGAACCUUUUUUUUAAAAAAAAACGGUCAAGCCAUCCUUUGGCGGGCGGUCUCCGGCGUUCAAACACGGUCAGCUUUCAUCGACGAACGGAAAAUCAAAAAACCACACAUUUCUGUUAUGGUCUCCUCCCUCUCCCCGCCUUCUUUUUGUUUUGACAAAAGUAAUGUACUUUUUACCUUUAUUUAUCCGUACGAGAAAUUCCAGUGGUUAAUUUGAAAGUGUCUUUGUUUUGUUUUGUUUUAAUUUAUACGACGUUUGUAUUUUUAGGUCUUUAAUACAGUGUUUCUACUACCUCUCCUUUGUACGUGCAUGCGUUUCUUCUUGACCCAUAGAGUAAUAACUGAAAACAAACCAAUCCUGUGGCAUAAUUUUUAUUAUGGCCUGUAUAAAUGUAUAUUAAGGUUAAAAAAUAAAACAAGAAAGUAAUCCGA